AUGUGUGUGUGUGUGUGUGUGUGUGUCUCACUCUCUCUUCUCUGUGAUCAGGCUUACUUGCAGUCAAGAGCAACGGCGGUGGCGCAACAGCAGCAGCAGCAGCAGCAGCAGCAGGAGUCCCCAGAUCUGAUACAGACAGACCUCCGCCUUUCUUGUCUUCAACGAUCUGGGCCCCCAAUCGCCAUGACAAAGACUUCUGGAUCCUUUCAGACCACCGUCCUCAAGGAUCAGCACCUGGGAGCAAGCCUGGGCUUUCAGAGUCUCGCCAUCAUCUAUGUGGUGUUUAGUCUCUUCAAUUUUAUCUCUCCUUCCGUUGUGGCACUGAUUGGCCCACGUCCCAGCAUGAUUUUCGGAUCCGUCAUGUAUGCGCUCUUCAUCGCUGCUUUUCUCAAACCCAUGCGCUGGAGCAUCUUGGCAGCCAGUGUGCUCGUGGGUAUGGGGGCAGCCGUCAUUUGGACGGCGCAAGGCAAUUUCCUGACCCUCAACACCACCAAGGAAAACCGAGGCCAGAUGUCUGGCAUCUUCUGGGCCCUUUUGCAAUGCUCCUUGCUCAUCGGCAACUUGAUUGGCUACUUUCUCUUGUCGGGCGAUACCAUUGGCGCGGACGAGGCACAUCGCUUCUAUCAAAUCCUCUUUGGAGCUGCUUGUGGAGGCGUGGUGCUUUUCUUCUUUCUCCGUCGCUCCCGCCCCGAGCGCACCGAGGACUAUACGAGUGUAGAGGACGUCGAGCCGCGCUCCAUUCGUGAGGAAAUCUCCAACACCAUCGCCCUCCUCUUGACCAAGGACAUGCUGCUGCUCAGCAUCUCCAUCAUGUAUUCAGGUCUCGUCUUGACGUUCUGGUCGGCCAAAUACCCGACCAUGGUUGGUGACGCAUUUCAGCCCAAGGAUAUCGGACUGUCUGGCAUUACCGUGGGCGUGGCAGAGAUUCUCGGAGGCUUGACGAUGGGUCGUCUGGCCGACGCCUACGGACGACCUUGGGUCAUGAUGGUCACCCUCUUUGUGCACGCGGCCGGAGGCUUUUUGGUCUUCCUUAACCUGAUCUCCAACUAUCUGACGCCGAGCGGUCAGUGUGAACAUUACCACUGCCAGCCUCUGACCAGUAUACUACAGGAAGGCGGCUCACCUUUUGGUGAUCAGAAAGCUGGAUGGUUCACCAUCACCAACUCGCACUCACUCACGUCUCACCCCGCCUUCUUGCUGUAUUCGGAGCUUGGUCAGCGAUACACCGACGAGAGCGCAUCGGCUUUUGCCGUCUUCAAGUUUUUUCAGUCAGCCAUGGCCGGCAUUGCUCAGGCUUAUGCCGGAGAGUUGUCAGCCAGCUAUCAGCUUCUAAUCCUGGCUAUUUUCCUUCUCUCAGGCUCAUACACCUUUAUCAUGGUGAGCAAAAAGCCCAUCGAAACCAGUACCGACUUUCGUUAUACCAAGAUUUUGAACGACUAG